AUGGGCUCCAAAAAUAUAGAGGAGUGUGGAAUGUCAGUAAACAAACCACCAUUUUUCAAAGGAAAUGACUAUGCCUUUUGGAAGCAGAGAAUGAAAUUUUUUUUAAAUGCACAUGACCCUGAUUUAUGGAGAAUCAUUGAGGAAGGUCCAUACAAGCCAGUUAAAACUUCAAAAAAUAAUGGGAAAGAAGAGGAAUUUGUAGUUGAUAAGACUAGGGAUGAAUGUAUAGAAGACAUUUGGAGAAUGUUGGAGGUAAAACAUGAAGGCACUGAUCAGGUACAGAAGAUACUAAGGUCACUACCAAAAAAAUGGGAUGCUAAAGCUACAACAAUUCAAGAGUCAAAAAAUCUCAAAACAUUACCUUUGGAGGAACUAAUUGGGUCAAAGAUGACUCACGAAUUGAAGCUAAAAACCAGAGCUGUUGAAGAAGAAGACAGCAAGAAGAAAUCAAUAGCACUGACUGCUGCUCAUGGUUCAAGAAGUAUCAGUGAAGAUGAAAAUGAAGAAAACAUUGCUCUACUGGCAAGGAACAUCAGAAAAUUCGUGAAGUAUGGAAAAAGAAAUUGCAGAAGAGAAAAGGCAAGUGAUAGAAAUAAAGAAAGAGAGGAAACAAUCUGCUACAAAUGUGGACAAGCUGGACAAAUCAAACCUGACUGUCCAAAAUUGAAGAAGCCACAACACAAGGAGAAGAGAAUAGAAGAAUUCAAGAAGGCUUUAAAAUCAACUUGGGACUCAUCAGAAUCAGAAUCUUCAGAUGAUGAAGACAUCAAAGCAAAUCUCUGCCUUGUAGCAAAAGAAGAAUCACAUUGCAAUGAAAAUGAGAAAGAAAAUGCAUGCUAUAGAAGUAAAGAAGCUGAGAUUCUAAAUGAAAUCACUAAGCUGAAAAUGAAGUUAGAAGAAUUGAAUGAUGAAUUAAAAAUGCUUAGGAAUCAUAAAUGUGAGAUUUUACUUCUUGAUAAUGUAGCUUUAAUAGAAGAACUUGCAAGCUUGGAAAUUGAAAAUAAAAGACUAGAAGAAUGCUUUCAAAAGUUCAAUACCAGCUCUGAAAAACUGAAUUUAUUAUUGUCAAGUCAAAAACCAUUUCUUGAUAAAACUGGUAUAGGUUAUAGUGAUGUCCAAGCAAAGGAAACAAUGCUUGAAAGAUGA